AUGGGACAAACAUUAUCAGAACCCAUUACGGAUAAAAAUUCCAUUCAUGGCAUUAACAAAGAUGUUUUGUAUGGACUGUCAAGCAUGCAGGGAUGGAGAAUUUCCAUGGAAGAUGCCCAUAGUGCCAAGCUUUCCUUAAGAUGUCCUCAUGAAAACCAAGAAGUAGACUUUUUUGCCGUAUACGACGGUCAUGGUGGUGACAAAGUAGCAAAAUGGUGCGGAGAACGCCUUCCGUUGAUUUUAGAAGAAAGUGAAGAGUUUAAAAAGGGAGAUUUUGUGAAUGCUCUUAAGGCUUCUUUUUUAAAAGCUGAUCAAUUGAUUUUGGAAGAUGAACAAUUUCAUACGGAUCCGUCCGGAUGCACAGCCACCGUCUUACUUCGAGCAAAGAACAAAGUUUAUUGUGCGAAUGCUGGCGAUUCGCGGACGGUGCUUGGAAGAAAAGGUGUAGCAAAGGCCCUUUCCGUAGAUCACAAGCCUUCCAAUGAAUCCGAAAAGGCACGUAUUUGUGCUGCCGGUGGUUUCGUGGAUUUUGGUCGAGUCAACGGAAACUUGGCUCUUUCAAGAGCCAUUGGCGAUUUUGAAUUCAAGAAUAGCAACCUGGAGCCAGAAAAACAAAUCGUUACUUCUCUUCCCGAUGUCAUUGUUCAUGAAGCUACGGAAGAGGAUGAAUUCGUAGUGCUUGCCUGUGAUGGUAUUUGGGAUUGUAAAACUUCUCAGCAAGUUAUCGAGUUUGUACGUAGAGGUGUUGUUGCUGGCCUUUCUUUACAAGAAAUUUCUGAGAAUCUUAUGGACAACUGUAUUGCUGGUGAUACGGAAACCACUGGUUUAGGCUGUGAUAAUAUGACUGUUUGUGUCGUCGGAUUAUUACAAGGAGAUUCUCAAGAAGCCUGGUAUAAAAAAAUUGCUGAUCGUGUUGCUGCCCAUGAUGGCCCUUGUGCUGCUCCUGAACUUGCGGAAUCUCGUGGUCCUGGAUUUCGCAACAAUGACAAUGCCGAAAGAAUAAUUGUCCCUUCGGGUUUUCAACAAAUCAAAGUAAAUAGAAUUGAGGGAUAUGAUAGAGAUGCUGACGAGGAUGAUAGAAAUGACAAUUCGGCAAAUGGUUCUUUGGCCGCAGGCUUUCGCUGGAAGGAACACUUUUUCCCUGAAAAAGCUGAAGAUGAAAAAGAAGAUAUUACUGCCGAGGAUUCUUCCGUCAAGCAGGUUGAAUCCGCUGCUUCUUCUGAUUAA